AUGUCUCGGUGUAGAUCGUCGAAACUUCCAGCUUAUGUAGAAAGAGUACCACUAGCAAGGAGGAAGAAGCCGGAUACCCGAUUAACUGUAGGAGUAGAGAUUGGAAUGACAUUAUUGGCCAUUUGUGCGGGACUAUUCGUCUAUUAUCGAUCGCACGAACUUCCAUACUAUGCCACAAAGUUAUAUGCCCACUUGGGUUCUUCUGAGGCUCAGCACAUAUUGGCUCAAUAUCACCUCAGUCGGAGACAUGAGGAUCCUGAACACGCUAGACAGGCAGAACAUUGGCUAAAUAAAGCAGCUGAAUCUGAACAUCCAAUAGCUGCCUACAACCUAGCCCUGGCGCAUAUUCGGGGGGAUUUACCCUCAAAUAUAACUCCAGAUGCCAGCCAUGUUCAUAGUCUUCUGACUCAUGCAAUUAACCAGGGGGUACAUGAAGCUCUGGGACUUAUCCACAUGUGUGGACAUGGCCAAUGCUUCGCACAUCAGAGAAGGAAGAGGGAGCAGGAGAGAAAACAGCGAGAAGAGGAGAGGAAAACGAAGGCUUCUGUUGCAAAGCAACCAUGA